UAUAUUUUUGGUUGCGUGGAACAUCAGGGUCUCGGUUUUGUUACUCGACGGGGAAGGGGAUUGAGUUUCAACAACAGCAGAGGAAGAGUUGGAAAAUGGAGAGGGUUGAGAUGGGCCAUCACUUAGAGGUGUAGCAGUCUCCCUCGCACUUAACAUUCUUAUUUUUCUACCAUCUUGAGGACGGAGAUUUCCGAUACAUUUGCAGAGACGUUUCAUUGCGACCUCUUUGAGUUGAACUUGAGCAGUCCUAUUGUAGACCGUUUCAGCUAGUUUGUUGAGAAGUUCGGGGUUGAUGUUGAGACGGGAAACAAGGAGGGCUUUGAGUACGGCCAUCUCCAGGGUGAUGGGUUUGAAGGGUCUGCGUGCACGUUGUCGACAACCACCCCCAACUUCCAUUCGACGAGCGAAACGAAGGUUUGGAGAGGCAAGAAAGUAGAAAGUGGCGUUACGGCUGGCUGUAGAAGAAUGCGGUUUCGAGGAAGGAGUCUGACCGGAGAAAGUGAAGUUCGGUUGAACCUGAUUUGCACAGGCACUGCCGUAUUGUGGAUGCUUGGAGUCCAAGUGAUAAAUGAGAUUCAAUUUGUCCUCAAAUUGUUCACUGCAGGACUGAAGGGGACAGUUGUAGACCAAUGUCAUUGGACCGAGUUUAUCUAG